CAAUAAACAUUGAGCAUCCCUCCCUGAGUCUACACUUCUGUUUAGGAGGCAGGGCAGACAGAAGGAGUUGAAGGACUAGAGCAAGAGAGUAUAUGCCAGUAGCACGAAGACAGAGGGAAAAGUGAGAGCUGGGGAGGUGAGGGAAGGCUUCCUGGAGGAGGUAAUACUUGAACUGACCCUUGAAAGAAGAUUAGGCUUUGGGCUAAUGCAGAAAAGAGUGAAGGGGGUUGUAAACAGCCUCAACACGGCACUGAGAGAGCAAGGCAAGUGUGAUUAAGUGAGAAAACCUGCUGGACUGAAGCAAAGGGUAUGGCAGGGUAGCGUGGGUGAUGAAGUUGGAGAGGAAAAUAGUCUGAUGAUUAUAGAGAGCCUUAAAUGUCAGACAGAAGGAGUCAUAUUGGAACAAAGUAGGAAGGCAGUGUAGAUUUGUGUAUUUGGGGAAUGAGAAGGGCACAAGGAAGAAGGAGAGGCUAAAAGAAAAACAUGGGGAUUCUACAUUCUUCCUAGUUUCAGUCUCCCAUGUCAGGGUGGCCAACUCAUCCCAACACAGCAAACAGAUGAGUUUCUCACCCUACUUGUGAUCCAUCUUGGGAAUAGGUCCUGAAGAAGCCUACAAGAAGUUCUGCACCGUAUACUGUUGGCAGAGAACUUUGUGCCUUUUGGAAAGGCCCAAGCCAUCAACACUAUGAAGUGUUCUCAGAUAGCAUUGCCCCGCCUUGUGAAACAGAAAGGAGGAAGGGUCAGCCUCCUAACCCAGCUGCUAACACAGGUACAGACCAAGAUGGGACAUCUUCUUCAAAAGCAACAACCUUUUGAAGCUGAUCUGUUCUUGAAUCAGCCCUGAGGAAAGGAGACAGCAAUUGCAGGAAUCUUAAAAACCAAUACAACAGCAAGACUAAGCCUUUCUUGAAGCCAUCAUUUUGGUGGCUGCUACUUGGCCACUCCUCACAUAGAUCUUUUUUACUGACUUCCUGCAGCAAAAGAAGAUUGGCACAGGCUACAUUUAUAUUAUUACCAGGAGGCAGAUGUUUUCUCUUUUCCCCUGGGGUUUAGAAUUAUGCAAAUGAAGGCACAGAAACAAAAGCUCAGCAAGGUGGGGGAAGAUUGCUCUUAAGAAUCUAGGCAAUUUUCAGAGCUCUUUAAGACACACCUCUCAGUUCUUACUAACAGCUCUCCUGGCUCCUCUCCAGUCUAUUUAGAAUUUGGCACCUCUUCAGAACCUUACAGCCAAAGACCUGAAAGUUCAUUCUUAAGUUCCCAUCCUGGCCUCAUUUUGCAAGUGGAGAAAUUAAGGCAUAUAAUAUGGGUCUGUGGGCUGACUUUGAGUCUUUCUUUGACAUUCCCUCUUUCUCUUUCUUCCUUCUGCUACAUACACUCUCGCUUGGAAAGGAAACUCUACGGCCCAAUUGCCCUCCAGGUCUCUCCCCAGCCCCACCUUGAUAAAAUCUGUAGGGCAAUAGGACCUAGGGAAAUUCAACCCUGAGGCCGAGAGAGACAUUCCUGCUUAACCGCCUGGCUUGAGCGAGUGUGGAAGCGAGCUAGUUAGGGAGGGCGGGGUAGAACUGGGGAUCUGCUGCUGUUGGCGAAGAGGAAAGCUGUGGCUCCCUCCAGGGUCCGGGGGUCGUGAUGAGAAGUGCUUCUGAAGGUUGGCCCAAGCCCCUUUUUGUCGCGCCUCUGUGCACCGAGCAUCCUUCAUCUGCCCGCCCUGGAAGUCGCAGGCUGGUUUUGUUUGGCCCCAGCUGUCUCUCCCAUUUCGUGCAGCCCGGCCAUCGGUGCCUUCGUUCCUGAAGCCACCGACCUCUCACAGCUGGAACUGCGAGCCAGGCAGGACCCCGGCAGCAGACGGCGCCCAAGAGUUUGCCGACAUCCGUCGGGCCGGGUUGGCGCCCCGCAUGUCGUGUUUUUCGCUAGUAAAGUUUCUCUGUGGAAAAGAAGCCCCUCCAGCUUUCUCUUGAUCCUGCAGCGGGCGCGUGCUCUGCUUCUCUCCCCGGUGACUGCGCUCGGGGCCGGGGUUGUGACUUUGCUCCUGUCCCUGGCCUGGCGGCCUUGGGGGCGGAGCUUGGGGAAUUGGAGGAGCCGCCGUGAGAACUCUUGACUGAGCGCGGGUGCGGAGACAGCGCCGGCGAGCAGGCGAGCUAAUAGCCGCAGCCUAGCAUUAGCUAGGGUGCCUGGGCAGUGAACUGGAUCCCCGAAGGGACGCUCAGGCUGCGCCCCCUCUUCUGCCCUGGCUCAGUUCUCAGCUGAUUUGAGAGAGCACACUGGUCAGGGCUCCUCAAGAGGAGCUGCUGAGUGUUGGUGCCCGCGAGAGUGGCUACCCGUCCUGCCUGGGGGGCUGCGAAAGGCGGAGCCGCCACGGAAACAGCUGUUCCCAUGGCUCUUGACGCGCCUGGAAUUGGACUCCGGACUGGGCGCUAAGAUGAUUGCUUUUGCCUUGUCCAACUUCCACAGCACGUAGUUGACGAUUGGAAUCCUGGGCCAAUCAAGAGUCUAGUUUCAAAGUGGUACUCCUGGGCUCUUCAUCCCAGACUCCAACAAGUCUAAUUUGAGACGAGAAGAGAGCGGUCUCCUGCUCUAACUAGUAGAUCUCCGUUCUGGAAUUGGACUUGACAGCUCUCCUAACCAAUACUUGCACUGCAGUGGUUACAGGGUUCUCUUGGGAGGUGGGGAUGGGAGUGCUCUGAAGACCAGACCACAACACUCAGAACCUCGACAAUGGACCGAGUUUUUGAAAUUCCUGAGGAGCCAAGCGUGGAGCCGAUAUCCUCUCUGGAGGAAGAUGUCAUCCGUGGGACGAACCCCCGAUUUACCUUUCCAUUUGGCAUCCUCUUCUCCACGUUUUUGUACUGUGGGGAGGCAGCAUCUGCCUUGUACAUGGUUAGAAUCUAUCGGAAGAAUAGUGAAACCUACUGGAUGGCAUACACCUUUUCCUUCUUUAUGUUUUCAUCCAUUAUGGUCCAGUUGACCCUCAUUUUUGUCCACAGAGAUCUGGCCAAAGACAAGCCACUAUCAUUGUUUAUGCAUCUAAUCCUCUUGGGACCUGUUAUCAGAUGUUUGGAAGCCAUGAUUAAGUACCUCACACUGUGGAAGAAAGGAGGGCAGGAGGAGCCCUAUGUCAGCCUCACCCGAAAGAAGAUGCUAAUAAAUGGCGAGGAGGUGCUGAUAGAAUGGGAGGUGGGCCACUCCAUCCGGACCCUGGCUAUGCACCGCAGUGCCUACAAACGUAUGUCACAGAUCCAAGCCUUCCUGGGCUCAGUGCCCCAGCUGACCUGUCAGCUCUAUGUGACCCUGAUCUCUGCAGAGGUCCCCGUGGGUAGAGCUGUGCUAAUAGUCUUUUCCCUGAUAUCUGUCACCUAUGGGGCUACCCUCUGCAAUAUGUUGGCUAUCCAGAUCAAGUACGAUGAAUACAAGAUUCGCCUUGGUCCACUAGAAGUCCUGUGCAUCACCAUUUGGCGGACAUUGGAGAUCACCUCCCGCCUCAUGAUUCUCGUGCUCUUUUCAGCCACCUUGAAAUUGAAGGCUGUGCCCUUCUUAUUGCUGAACUUCCUGAUCAUCCUCUUUGAGCCUUGGGUUAAGUUCUGGAGGAGUGGUGCCCACAUGCCCAAUAACAUUGAGAAAAAUUUCAGCCGACUUGGCACCUUAGUGGUGUUGAUUUCCGUUACCGUCCUCUAUGCUGGCAUCAACUUCUCUUGCUGGUCAGCUUUGCAGUUGAAGUUAGCAGACAGCGACCUUGUUGAGAAAGGUCAGAACUGGGGACAUAUGGGCCUGCACUAUAGUGUGAGAUUGUUAGAGAAUGUGAUCAUGGUCUUGGUUUUUAAGUUCUUUGGAGUGAAAGUGUUACUGAAUUACUGUCAUUCCUUGAUUGCCUUGCAGCUCAUUAUUGCUUAUCUGAUUUCCAUUGGCUUCAUGCUCCUUUUCUUCCAGUACUUGCACCCGUUGCGCUCACUCUUCACCCACAAUGUAGUGGACUAUCUCCACUGUGUCUGCUGCUACCAGCACCCUCGGGGCAGGGUUGAGAACUCAGAGCCAUCCAUUGAUGCUGAAGCAAGGCAAAGCAUUGUCUGAUUCUGUCUUUUGGGUAUUUUGGGAUGGGUUGGGGUUGCCAAGAGCAACUGUGAAAUUGAAGGAGACGAUGAGGCUUAUGGGUGAGUACCCACCAGGACAUUGUUUUGAGUUUUCUGAAAGCCUAUCAGAAGAAAGAGCAGCCCCCAAAUAGAUUUUAUUUCCUUAAGAUUGACUACUAUGUUUGGACACCAAGGUAACCACUGUGUACCUGGGAGGGUCAGAUAUAUCAUUCACAUUCCUCCCACCCAGGUCAGCUGUCUGGCUGUCCUAUGAGAUAACUUACCUCCAUGCACCUAAGGCUCUCUGUGACCUUUAAGCUCUGCUCAUUCGCUUGAGCAUUACUGAGGUUUCUGUGGGCUGAACCAAAUGUCCCAGAAUCCCACCAGAAUAUAUCCUGACUGAUCAGAGGAUGUGCCUGCUUAUCAGCUAUGGGUACCUCCCGGGAAACAGUCUGACUUAUGUGAAACCUGUAACUGUGAACGUGGCUGGGGUCUUUUAAUUCCAGUGAGAAACACUGAUUAAGAGGAAAACCCCCACUAUUAAAAGAGCUGCUCCUUAAAUGAGUUAGCUCUCCAUUAGGACUUUACUAGUGAUCAUUCAUCAAGGAUCUUUCCUUUCAGUGGCCCUUCAAAGGCACACUCUGAGGAGGGAGUACAGAGUGGGUUUCCUUCAAGGCAUAAAGCAGAAUGACUAUCUCAGGGACCUGCAUGGGCCUCCACUGUGCUGAGUGGAGUGGUUGAAUCAAAGCUCUCACUUCAUGCCUCCUUAUCAGGGAUUCCCUCCAACCUGGCUUUUCUGUGCUCGUUGACCAACAUUUGAUGUAUAUCUCAGAGAAGCUGAACUGUAAUUGAAAAUGUUUCUAAUGUGUGGAAGAAAUGAAGAUUGCUUUGUGUUUCCUAC